ACGCGGACCACGGCGCUCGCGAGACACCCCCGGGACGCCGCCGACGCCGCCAGUUAGGACGCCGUCAAGCAGAGCGCGGAGCACGCCGCCGACGGCCAGGACGCCGUCAAGCAGAGCGCGGAGAACGCCGCCGACGUCAAGAUGCAGAUCCUCGACCCAAAGGCCCUGUUCCACUGGGCCGACUACCUGGUGCUGGCGCUCACCCUGGGCAUCUCGCUGCUCGUCGGCCUCUACUAUGGCUGCUUCGGCACCAAGCAGAAGACGGACCUGGAGUACCUCCUGGCCAACCGCCAGAUGAAGACCAUCCCGGUGGCCAUCUCCUUGAUCGCAGGCUUCAUCUCGGGCAUCACGCUCCUGGGAACGCCGGCUGACAUCUACAGCUACGGCACCCAGUACUUCGCCAUCGUCAUCGGCAUCUUCUUCAUGGCCUUCGCCAUCAGCUACUUGUACAUCCCCGUUUUCGUGAACCUGGGGGUGCGGUCUUCUUUCGAGUACCUGAACGUCCGUUUCAACGACAAUGCCGUGAGGACGCUAUCUGCUGUUAUUUUCCUCCUAGACGCGAUUCUCACCAUCCCACUUUACGUGUAUGUGCCAUGCCUUGCGCUCGAGCAAGUGACCGGAUAUCCUCGAAACUGGAUCGCCCUCAUCGUCAUGAUCGUCACCGUCACUUACACCACCCUGGGUGGGUUGAAGGCCGUGAUUUGGACUGACGCCAUCCAGAUGGUCAUCUUUUGCCUCCCCCUGAUCAUCAUUGCCGUCCUGGGCACCAUCGCCGUCGGCGGCUGGCACGUCGUCUGGGAGGAAGCCGCCAAGGGAGGCAGGCUCGAGUUUUUCAACAUGAAUCCCAGCCCGUUCGAGAGAACGUCCUUCUUCGCCGCCAUCAUCGGGGGCUUCUUCCACUGGACGGGGUACAACGCCGUGAACCAGACUUGCGUGCAGCGGUACCUGUCCGUGCCCACCCUUAGGGCGGCCCGCACCACGGCGUACAUCUUCAUGGUGGGCGUGAUCGGCAUCAUCACCUUCUGCACCUACAUCGGGCUCGUCAUGUUCGCCUACUUCCGCGACUGCGAUCCGCUCGCCGCCCACCUGGUGGCCACCAGCGACCAGAUCGUGCCGCUGUUCGUCAUGAAGGUCGAGGAGGGCCUGCACGGGCUGCCUGGCCUCUUCAUGGCCGGCGUCCUCAGCGCCGCGCUCUCCUCCAUCUCCGUGGCCCUCAACUCGUCGGCCGGCGUCGUCCUGGACGACCUGUACCGGCCCUUCAUCAAGAACGACAUCUCGGAGCUCAAGGGCGCCAUCUUCGCCAAGGUGGCCUGCGUCAUCCUGGGCGUGCUGUGCACCGGGCUCACCAUGGCCAUGUCCGGGCUGCAGUACAUGAUCCAGGUGGCGAUGACUCUGAUGGGCAUCGCUGCGGGCACUCAGUUCGGCAUCACGUCGCUCGGCAUGUUCAACCCGUACGCCAACUGGAAGGGCGCGCUGACCGGCGGCAUCGCCUCACUCGUCGUCAUGGGCUGGAUCUCGGUGGGCAACGAGAUCAUGUCCAUCGAGGGCCGCCUCAACUACCCGGCCCUGCCCGUCAACGUGAGCGGCUGCGUGCCUCCACUGGCGCCCGUGGUCAUGCCUACCAUGGACCCCACGGUGCUGCCCAUCUACAAGCUGUCCUUCCUGUACGUGGCGCUGUGCGGCUGGAUCAUCGUCAUGGUGGUCGGCUCGGUCGUGUCCUUGAUGACGGGCUCCACCGACGUGGACGCGCUGGACUCCAACACCCUCACGCCGCCGGUGGCCAAGUGGCACCGGAAGAGGCAGGCCUCCAGGAAGGCGGCCAGCUUGAGCUCGGAGCGGCUCGACCGCAUCAGUAUCAGCACGCUCAGCGUCACGGGCAACUACAAGCAGGCCUAGACCCUCGCCCAGACCGGGGCCCAGACCCGCACUCGACAAGCCGCUAUGAAGAGUUCCUGACCCUUUGGUUACUUUUGUUCUUCACUCGUCGCCGACUGAAAUUGAACCCAUUGGAGACGCCAUUUCGAUUUCAGGGUGGAAAUAAAACCAUAGUACAAACGACUGACACACAAACAAGGCCUCCUCGAUGUCGACGACCGAUCCAAGCAGUCUGGGCGGGCUCCCGAAUCCGAGACGGACAGACGUAAGGUCACGGCGACGACCUGCAAAGUCACACGGGAAAGGACCGUGGCGGAUCGCGGCGACCAGACUGAUUCAGCGAAUUGGUUAUCUCUCUCGCACCUACACGGGACGCCCCGUGCCGUGAGUGCGAGGGAGAGGGUGACGACGCGACUCUCAGAACGAGCCACCUGGUGGACACGCACCCAGCGAGUGGUUAGCUUCCCGGACGACUCGUCCGUUCGAUAGGUCGAUAGGUACUUUCGUAAUGAAACGGCGCGUAUCGGCACUCGAGGCGCGUAAUCUCGAUGGACUCUCCGCUGAGAAUCCGAACAGGACGAGAUUUGAG